AUGAAAGAUCUAAAUACUCACGUUGAAGAAAAAGCAGAAUCGGAAAACAAGUCAAAGUCAUACUUAGAAAAUGACAUCAUGGCUAAGGUCGAAAAUAUGCUGGCAUCUAAAAAUUGUGUUCUUUUGUGGGGAAAGCCAGGAUGUGGUAAAUCGGCUUCACUCAACUACAUUGCCAUGUAUUUACAAAACAAGUUUGAAUAUAAAUAUGUCCAUUGCCGUGAUCCUUCUGAUAUAUGUAAACAACAGUAUGAAACAGAGAAGAGUUUGUUUUCAAUUAAAGAGGCCGCUAUGUUUGAAGCUCUGGCUGUCUAUUUUGGAGAUGAGUUACAACAAGUAUUCAUAGAAUAUGCGGACCCGGAAAUUAUAACACAACACUGCAUUCUUAAAACAUGCUCUACAAUCGCAGAACAUGAAAUGUUCUUUGUAGAGGUGAAUGAAGAAAAUGAAAAGUUGUUUUUCCAUCGUAUAGGAAAACUAAUUUUAAGUGGAAACAUCCGCAUUGUAUUUUCUGGCCGUCAAAUGAAGUUACCAUUAUAUCAGCAGAAGUUAGCAAACUAUUUUGAACAGCUUGGCUCAGAUUCGGUAAAACAAAUUUCUCGUUCAAAGUGCAAAUUCGAAAAUGAAACUACAUUUACAUUAGCAGGUCGUUACGAAUGCGCCAGUCUACUCAAACUAUUCUUUGAAUGCGACGAUAAUUUAAAUCAAGAAAGUUAUGACCAUUUCAAAAGCGCAUGUGAAUCCAAUAACAUCCCGUUUGUUAAAUUACUGUUACGAAAAGGAAUUGAUAUCAACAAUCACACCUCUGAUGGGUGCACUUUCCUACAUAUUGCAAUAAAAAAUGGAUUUUGGAGAUUGAUAAGCAUUCUCAUUUGUGAAAAUGCUGAUGUAAAUUGUACAGACACACGUGGAAAUACGGCAUUGAUUGAAGCGUGUAAAAAAGAAGACGAAGCAGUUAUUUCCCUCCUUUUGAUAAGCGGAGCUGAUAUUAACAAGUCAAAUCUAGACUGCCAAACACCUUUGAUGAUAGCUACAAGUAAAGGAAAAAACAGAAUAGUCGAUGUUCUAAUUAUGAAUGAGGCCGACGUAAACAUUGUUGAUGCUUUUGGAUGUUCAUGCUUAAUGCAUUCAAUAAAGUCGGAACAACAAAAUAUUGGAAUAAUUAAGACUCUUUUAGAAGCGGGUGUAGAUCUGAAUAUAGCAUCUGUAGACGGAAAUACAGCUUUAUUAAUAGCCAUACAAGAGCAACAAACAGAUAUUGUGAACAUUUUAACUUCCUACGUAACCAAAGCUAGAUCUGAGCGACAUGCAGACACAAUUAGAAAUACUUCAACUGUAGAUAUUACAAAUAAAUGUAACAAUCUCAAAGUCACUCCUCUGAUAUGUGCGUGCGAAUUACGAAAUUCUGAAUUUGAUGUUGUUGAAGAUUUACUGUUUAUGGGAGCAAUUGUAAAUUGUUCUGAUCACAAAGACAGAACGCCGCUUAUAGUAGCAUUAGAAAAUAAUGAUAAUGAUCUUGUUGAUAUUUUGGUGAAGCAUGGUGCAAAUUUCAACUUUCCAGGUGAUAAAAGAACAACACCUCUACAUGAAAUGUGCAAGAUCAACCAUUUUAAUAAUGUGCAACUUCUUAUUUCAAAAGGCAGUAAUUUUGAAAUUGUCGAUAGAAACAGCAUGACUCCACUCAUGAUAGCAAGUAAAUAUGGUCAUAUUGAUAUAACUCAAGUUCUUAUUAAAGCAGGUGCGAAUAUAAAUAGUGUCGACCUGAAUGGGAUGACUUCCCUAAUGUUAGCGUGCAUGGGAGGAUUCAACAAUAUGAUUAAUGUGCUUAUAGAAAAUGGAGCAGAUAUAAAUAGAUCCGACCACAAUGACUGGACACCUCUUUUGGCAUAUGCGAACUCUCAACAUGAUAAUCCAGAAAUAAUUAAUUUUCUUAUUAAAAAAGGGGCGAAUUCAAAUGCAUUGACGAAAGAUAAAGUGUCAAGUCUUAUGAUGGCUUCGUUUCGUGGACAUCUUAAUAUAGUUAAACAAUUGAUUAAACUUCGGAUGGAUGUAAACCAUCCAGACGUUUACGGAAAGACGGCAAUAUUUUCAGCGUGUUUGAGUGGGAACGUAGAUAUAGUCCGUACCUUAAUUGAUAAUGGAGCUGACACUUUGGUAUCUGACAAAAAUGGAGAUACUGUUUUCACAUUUGCAAAAAAAAACAAAUUAUCAGCAAUAGUUGAUUUUUUAUCAUCAUUUUCAGAAGUUUAGUAAAAUGCAUACCGUUAUAGAUUUUACAUGUUAGGGUUAAAUCAUACCCUUGUAAGUGGUGAACAACGGGCACGAUUGUUUUUCGUUUUAAACAAAAUUUUGAUCGGACAGUUAAUAUUAAAAUCUUAAUUCAUUUAUUUUUUCCAAACCAUGGCUAACUAUUGCUUCCUAUAAUGUACA